UGAAGGGGGUGGGCUUUGGUCGUGUCAAUAUAUCAAUGUUCAUUCGAACCCAUUUUAGGAUAUAUAUAUAUAUAUAGUUAUAUUCAUAUCUUAAACCUCAAGUCUUGAGGAAUAUAAAUUAGAAUUUUUCUACCAUACAUCUGAAUUCAGCAUUGCUAUGGUUCUCCAUCUUAUCUGAAUCUCCUUUUCUUUGGUCUUUGUGGUAUUCUGCGUGGCUUUUAAUCUUAUAAGUGAUUCAUACUAGAGUGAAGUCAGAUACACUUUCUGAUGCUAGCCAAGAAAAUCUGCUAGCUGUUGUUGUUUGGGUAGUUAGAUUAGUUCAUUUGUAAAUGAACACUGAGAAGAUUGAUUGCCAAGAGAACCUUGGGUUCAGAAGGGACUGCAAUUUUGAAUAUUUUAAUCAUGUUGGUUUUCAACAGCCUUGGAACAUGGAAAUCAGGAUUCAGGCACCUGACAUGGGGGGAGGGUCGCAGCAGCAAAAUCCUGGACCUGAUAAAUCAUCAUCCAAUACAAUUAUGGGUGGUUUUCAGACUCCAGCGUCUGCCUUUUAUGCAACUGAAAGAUGCAUGGGGUUUCCGCAGUACGGGCCUCAAGGAGGUAGUUCUUUCUGCUCCCAAUACAACAAGAGCUGCAAUUAUCAGUUUCCUUCAUUUCAUGUUUCAGGAGAGAACUUUUCCAUUGAAUCAGUCGCUCAAGAUGAGCACAACUAUGAAUUGAGAAAUACAUUGCAGUCACUUGUGAAACCCCAAAUUUUUUGCAAUCAAUACCAGAAGUCCUCAGAUAAAUCCUACAAAAAUCCUUGCACCAAUUUACAAGGGAGUCAGCUUUCCUCACAUAAUCAUAGUAACUUGCUUGGAAACAAUGCUGCCACUGUUGGGAAUCACUUUUCAGUUCCUUUCCGAGGAAACCAGCAUCAAAGGGCUUAUUGUAACUCAUAUAUUUCUCCUCUUGCACAGCUAAGCAUCUUUCAGCAAGAGAAGCAAUCUUCAAACAAUUCUUAUGGGGGCUUUUCUGUUUCUUCCGGUAACUCUGUUUCAACCGGGCCAGUCCUCGCUAGUAAAACUCGAAUAAGGUGGACACAGGAUCUUCAUGACAAGUUUGUGGAGUGUGUUAAACGCCUUGGGGGUGCUGAGAAGGCAACUCCAAAGGCAAUUCUGAAACUGAUGGAUACAGAAGGAUUGACCAUCUUUCAUGUGAAAAGCCAUUUGCAGAAAUAUCGUAUUGCAAAAUACAUGCCAGACUCUGCUGAAGGGAAAUCAGAGAAAAGAACUAGUACAAGUGAUGUAACUCAGAUCGAUGUCAAAAAUUUUCCUAUUUCAGUCACAAUUUCCAAUCUGUCUGGCAGUGGUUUGCACCUCACAGAGGCAUUGCUACUUCAGUUGGAUGUCCAGAGGCGUCUUCAUGAACAAUUAGAGAUUCAGCGAAAUUUGCAGCUGCGAAUUGAAGAACAAGGAAAGCAGCUCAAGAUGAUGAUUGAUCAGCAACAAAAAACAAAUGCAAGCCUCCUUAAAACACAAGAUUUCGACAUCACACCUUUUGAUCAUGAUCCAUCAUUUAGCGUCGAAGACAUUGAAGCCUCAAUUGCAGAAAGUUCGGGAAAUGCUCACUUACCAUCCAAGAUAAGUUAGAGCCUCGAAAUUAAAGUAAAAAAAUGGCCAUUUACACAUAUACAAGUGUUCAUGGCAUGUCAACAAAGCCAACUUCCUCAGAAUCAAAGAGCAAGAAUGUCAAACAAAUGACUGUAACUAAAGCAUAGAAAUACAAACGAGUUUCAAUCAUGAGUCGUGCCCUUAAGAGCUUGGACAUGUGAUGUGUGUUGAACUACUUAUGCACAUCAAGCUCAUAUAAAGAACAAGGACUAGCUUUAAGUGCCAUAGGCUAGGCCAUAGAAUUCUUUUUUUUUUUUUCCCCUCUGCAUAGCUAGUUUGCUUGCAAUAAAAUUCAAUACCUUGUAUGUAAGAAUGUUGGAGAAUAUUUGUGCCUAUUUUCUUCUGGUUUUUAGACAUUUGAUAAUAGAUUAA